AUGGGUGGUGGGAAGGAGAAGGACUUGGGAAGCAUGGCCCGUGCUGCACUGAACAAGAGGAAUGGGGAAAAAAAAAGGAAGAUCACAAGACCUCAUAACAACACUCCACCAGAAACCAACAAGCGGCAGUACUGUAUUAUUGUUGAAACUGAAAUCCGAUUGCUAGAGAGAAGGAAGGAACCCUCGCACAAGGACUCUUGGUCCGACUCCGACGAGUGCAGCUGGACCGGACCCUACAUUGUAAAUGUGCGCUUGUCUCGGUGCUCAGAUGGUCAGUAUGGGUCCAUGCACACAUGCCCGAAGGUUGAUGCAAUGUUGACAGUGACCAGUGACAGCCGAAAGGCGUCAUUGGGGUCCCGAUUGGUUGGAAGACGGCAGCUUUCUGCAGAUGCCAGUGUGUUCCUUCUUGACCAGGGGUGUUUGUUGAUUGUUACGGGCGGCAUGGUGCGUGACCGAGUCUGGUCUGGUGUGCUAUGGCGUGCAGGAGGGUCAAGGGUGUGA